AUGUAUUGUCUAUAUUGUAUUUUAUUUGGAAGACAUGCCCAAAAAGCAUGGGUUACAGAUGGAUUUCGUCAAUUUCAAAAUGGUACUAUAGCACUGAUUGCACAUGAAACAACAUCUGUACACGUAGAAGCCUCACUUAGUGUGAAAUUGAGAGAAUCCUGUAUGCCCAUACUUCCAAUAAUGGUGAAAGAAAGAAAGAAACAGGUAGCUUUCAAUCGAGAAAUAGUAAGACAACUUGUUGAGAUAAUUAAAUAUCUUGGAUAUCAUUCAUUGUCUUUUAGAGGACAUAGAGAACAGUGGUCUAACAUUAUAAAAGGAAAUUUUAAAGAUUUAGUUGUCCUUUUGUCCACUCAUUCGCCAGAAAUUUCACUUCACAUAUCAAAUCUCCAAUUAAAAGGAAGAAAAGAAUUAUCUUUUAUAUCUUGGAAUCAGCAAAAUUUACUUAUUAGCGCAAUAUCAGAGGAAAUAUGCACAAUCAUCAAAUCUGAAAUUAAACUUCAGCAUUGA